GGGCAGGAGCAGGGGAGUGCACCACAGUCGCUCUCUCCUCCUCUCUUCAUCUCCAGGUUCUCCUCUCCUACAAAACAUACGAUGGGACAUGAGGUUAGCACCGACAGUUCCAGUCGAAACAGUUCCAUAAAUACCAAUAUCGGCGUCAACAAUUCAAUCUCCUUUGGUGCCAGAAGCCCCUUCAUUGGCGGCGGCUUGGGUGGCGGAGGCGGCGGCGAGAAGGCCACCAUGCAGAACCUGAAUGACCGCCUGGCCACCUACCUGGAAGAUGUGUGGUCCCUGGAGAACGGCAACGCCGAGCUGGAGCUGAGUAUCCGACAGUUCCUGGAGAACAAAACCUCUCCCGGAUCCCGAGACUACUCCGCCUUCUUCGUCUCCAUCGCAGACCUGCACAACAAGAUCCAUGGCGCCAUGUGUGUCGACAGAAGCAUCUACCUGGCCAAAGACAACGCCAAGCUGGCGGCGGACGACUUCAAGACAAAGAGGGAGAACGAGCUGAGCAUGCGGCAGUCGGUGGAGGUGGACUUCGCCGGACUCAAGAGGGUGCUGGACGUGCUGGCUAGGUCUGACCUGGAGAUGCAGAUUGAAGGGCUGAAGGAGGAGCAGAUCUUCCUGAAGAAGAACCACGAGGAGCCUUUCAGAAGCUCAGUGGAGAUGGACCCGGGGCCGACGCCGGACCUGAACGCCGUCCUGUCAGAAAUCCGCAAGCAGUACGAACAGGCAUCGGCCAAGAACAAGAAGGAACUGGACGCCUGGUUCCAAGAGAAGGCGGCGACGGUCAAACAGGAGGUCGCAGUGAGCACAGAAACCAACCUCAACCGCCUGCUGCAGUCCCUGCAGAGAGAGCACCAAUCACAGCUCACCAUGAAAGGGCCACUCGAGGGCACCCUGCAGGAGACGGAGAACCAGGCGACCAGCCUGGAGGAGCAGCUGGUCAACCUGCAAGGCGACAUCGACCGCCAGGGCCAGGAGUACCAGAUGCUGCUGGACACCAAGACGCGCCUGGAGAUGGAGAUCGCAGAGUACCGCAGACUGCUGGACGAGUAAGCCAGCACUGGCAGCAGCUCCAGCUCCAGCACCUAGACCACCUACCGCGUGGUCACAGAGGCUGAACCCACCAGUAAGGACAGCCCUCUCGACCGCAGGCAGAGCACCAGGCGAGGCCAACAGCUCCCCCCUACACACCCAGGAACCAGAGGCCAACACCUCCCUCCUACACACCCAGGAACCAGAGGCCAACACCUCCCCCCUACACACCCAGGAACCAGAGGCCAACACCUCCCCACUACACACCCAGGAACCAGAGGCCAACACCUCCAAACUACACAUCCAGGAACCAGAGGCCAACACCUCCAAACUACACAUCCAGGGACUCCCCUCUCCUACACACCCAGGAAUCAAAGACCCAGAGCUGUUGUGUCGUGCCCGCUGUGUUUGGAUCCAAUCAAAAUAAUAAAGAGUCCUCUACCUUGCUGACUAAAA